CUCACGGAAGUAAACAAACCUUCGCAGUCUUGUUUUUGUUUUGAAAAAUAUUGCUGUAAAUCAGACCUAGGCUAAGAAGAAAAAGCAAAACCAAGAAGCUUUUACAUCACUUUCUUUUGACUGGAAGAUGAUGUGUUGAUUAUUGAAGAUUUGAUGCAAAAUAAUAUCUAUUCUUAAUUAAGGAUGUCUUCAGACCGAGGGGUCCUUGGUAUAUGUUUCAACCAAGAUUAUAGUUGUUUUUCUUGUGCUACAGAAUCAGGCAUUAGAAUCUAUAAUGCAGAUCCCUUAACACAUAAAUUAUGUAUUGCACCAGAUCAAGUUGGCAGUGUCUCCUCAGCUGAAAUGCUGUUCAGAUCAAAUAUUUUGGUGCUUGUUGGCGGUGGAACAAUGCCAAAAUAUGAUGAAAAAGCAGUUUUAGUGUGGGAUAUGAGUGCCAAGAAGGAAAGUGAUAGUGCUCUAAUCGAUAUAACAUUUGCUCAACCAGUUGUUGGUGUAAAGUUAUUAAAAAAUAGGUUAAUUGUUAUAUUAAGAAACCAGGUCCAUGUCUUUUCCUUUCCCAAUGAUGUUGAAAAACUCUAUACAUUUUCUACAAGAGAUAAUCCAAAAGGUUUAUGUGCUGUCAGUUGUUAUGGUAACAUUCUUGUUUUCCCUGGUAUUAAAUGUGGCAGUGUUCAGAUUGUUGAUCUGGAAACAACUCAACCAAGUCAAACUGUAUCACCUGUAAAUAUUAAUGCACAUCAGAAUGAUUUAGCUUGUUUAGCUGUGGAUCAAAAAGGUUCCAUGAUAGCUACAGCAUCAAGAAAGGGAACGUUAAUAAGAGUAUUUGAUAUUCAGAGUAAAAAGUUGGUAGUUGAAUUAAGAAGAGGUGCUGAUCCGGCCAUGUUAUAUUGUUUAUCCUUCAGUCCAGAUUCAUCAUUUCUAUGUGCUUCGAGUGAUAAGGGAACCGUUCAUAUAUUUGCUAUUAAAAAUACCAGUCUCAAUCGCACAUCAUCAUUUAAAAAGAUGGGAUUUCUGGGGCCCUAUGUUGAAUCUCAAUGGGGUUUAGCAAAUUUUACCGUGCCUGCAGAAAGAGCAUGUGUAUGUGCCUUUAGCUCUAAUCAAGCUGUUAUUGCUGUGUGUGUUGAUGGUACAUUUCAUAAAUAUGUGUUUACUACAGACGGUAACUGUAAUAGGGAAGCCUAUGAUGUUUAUUUAGAUAUGGGAGAUGUAGACUAAGUGGGACCCACAUACCUCACAGAAAUUGAAAAGAACAUAAGUCAACCACCCAGCAAUAUUCAGAAAAAAAAAAUUCCUUUCUGUUUCUUGUGUAAAUAUUACUGAAUUUAUUGACAUAACUUAUUUAACUACCAUGAGCUUUAAUAACAAACUAAGCUGGUUACAAUUCCAGGAUGAAAUGAAAUGGGGUUUAAUGUCCUACUGGUCUGCACUGACAGGGCUAAUGGUGAAGUCGUACGAGGAUGUCUGUACUGCGAUGUGUAAUCUUUUCAUUUAAACCAUAAGUAAGGUUCCUGUUCUUUGUGUUAAGGGAGCUGCCACGCCUAAGUGACAAAGACGUUGGCUUGCUAACCUGAAGGUCCCGGGUUCAUUGGCAUGCACAUAAAAGAAUCCUUGACAGUUGGAAUUUGAGAUAAUAGGCUGUAGGCAAAAUUUCCCUCAUAGCACACUCUAUGGCAGAUGCCUGUCUUCAUUAGCCAAGUCGGAGCAGAACAGUGUAGGACGUUAAACCCCAUAUUAUUUCUUAUUUUUUUCUGUUAAAUUUUGUUUAUAAAUAAAACAACAUCACUAUUUCUCUGAUUGUUUUGCAUAUCUAAAGUAGAGAUUAAAGUUAGGACAGAUGCUAUGGAACACUGUUUGUUACUCAGCAACCUUGACUAAAUAACAUUGAAUCAAUUUAUAAAAUAAAUAGAAGUACAUUUAUCUUUUUUUAGUUAUGGGAGUAUGGGCUUAUGAUUUUAUGAUUUAUGUACUAUAGAUGUUUAUUUGACUGAUGAUUACACCAUUCUAGCUUUAUUAUUAAUUUGUUACCAGAUAGUAGUUAUAGAAUAUUUUUGUUGAUAUUUUAUGUAUAUAGAUUAUAAAAUAAUGUAAAUAUAAUAGGAUUGUUUAUAAAGAUGGAAUAUAGAAAUAAUACUGUGAUUAGAGAAUAAUGUAUUAAUGUAAAUUAUGAUUUGGAGUUUAUCACCUAUUAUUAAUGUACACAAGCCAAAGGUGAGGCUGAUAUCCCCCAACGCAAUCCAAAAAUAAAUAGAUGACACAUACUAA